AUGCAGGUCGACUAUACCACGACCAAUGCGACUACCGCCGCACCCGUCCCCGUUGAGGGCGCGACGUCCGCCGACUACUAUGCCGACUCCUACGCUCACUUUGGUAUCCACGAGGAGAUGCUCAAGGACGAGGUCCGGACGUUGAGCUACCGGAACGCGAUGUGGCACAACAAGCACCUCUUCAAAGACAAGGUCGUCCUCGAUGUCGGCUGCGGAACCGGAAUCCUCUCGAUGUUCGCGGCCAAGGCGGGUGCGAAGAAGGUCAUCGGCGUCGACAUGUCCAACAUCAUCGACCAGGCGCAGAAGAUCGUUGCGGCGAACGGCUUUGCGGACACCAUCACCCUGAUCAAGGGCAAGAUGGAGGAGGUCGUCCUUCCCGUCGACAAGGUCGACAUCAUCAUCUCGGAGUGGAUGGGCUACUUCCUGCUCUACGAAUCGAUGCUCGACUCUGUCCUCUACGCCCGCGACCGCUACCUCGUUCCGGGCGGACUGAUGUUCCCCGACGAGGCGACGAUGUAUAUUGCGGCGAUCGAGGACCAGGAGUACAAGGAGGAGAAGAUUGGCUUCUGGGACGACGUCUACGGCUUCGACUACUCGUGCAUCAAAGAGAUCGCGCUGCGGGAACCCCUCGUCGACACGGUCGACCUGAAGUCGGUCGUCACCAACCCGUGCAAGCUCGCGACUUUCGACCUCUUGACCGUCAAGAAGGAGGAGUUGACGUUCGCGUCGCAAUUCAAGCUCGUCGCGACACGCAACGACUACGUUCACGCUUUCCUCGGCUGGUUCGACUGCGCGUUCCGAGCAUGCCACAAGCCCGUCAGCUUCUCCACCGGUCCUCACGCCAAGUACACGCACUGGAAGCAAACCGUCUUCUACCUGACCGAUAUGGUUACGCUGCAAACGAACGACUCGAUCGAGGGCAUCAUCACCGUCUCGCCGAACGCGCGCAAUCCGCGAGACCUCGACAUCGUCAUCGACUACAAGGUCGAUGGCCAGCAUCCGCACCAGGAGAGGCGCGAGUACAGGAUGGCAUGA